AUGGCACACGAAGAAGCCAAAGCUAGGAUCCCUGUCCUUCCCGAGACCCAUUCAGGGAUUCCAACCUAUCUACUGGCCAAGGCCGAGCGCGCCAAAGAAGCCAUAUUUCAGACCAGGACGAAACCCACCAACGAUAGACAGAGGCUGCCCGUGAUUCCGCAAGGAAUUGAACGAGACAAAUUCUUUGAAGCACUAGAUGACCUGCGAAAACGACUUGGAGCAGAAUACGUCGAGGUUAACGACAAGCCUCUUCGAGAUGGGUGGUACAUGGAACAUCCAAACACCCAUGAUUGCAUGGCGGUGCUGGACGAAGAGGAGCUAGUUGCAUCAGCGGUUGUCUAUCCAGGAAGCCCGGCCGAAGUGCAGGAUAUUGUCGAAUGGGCUAAUAAGCACCUCAUUCCCAUAUUCCCAAUAUCGAUGGGCCGAAAUUUGGGUUACGGCGGUGCUGCUCCCAGGGUACGUGGCUCCGUCGUCUUGGAUCUUGGCCGGCGCAUGAACAAGAUUCUAGACAUCAAUCCGGAUGAUUUUACCUGCCUAGUAGAGCCAGGGGUCAGUUUUUACGCUCUCUACGAGGAGAUCAAGCGGAGGGGCUACGACCACCUCUGGGUCGACACCCCGGAUCUCGGCGGUGGAUCUGUCAUCGGCAACACUCUCGACAGAGGUGUCGGGUACACGCCCUACGGGGACCACUGGGCUUGCCAUUCGGGACUUGAAGUCGUCCUCCCCACAGGCGAGCUAUUGCGGACCGGUAUGGGUGCGAUGCCUGGCAACAAUACUUGGCAGACAUUUCCCUAUGGUUUUGGCCCUUACUCCGAUGGCAUCUUCUCGCAAUCAAACUACGGAAUUGUUACGAAGAUGGGCAUGACGCUGAUGCCCAAUCCGGGUGGAUACGAGAGCUUUGUUCACAAGAUGUACACCUUCCCCAACGAGGAGGACUUAGAGGCUUUGAUUGAAAUCAUCCGGCCUCUACGCAUCAGCAACAUCCUGGAGAACGUCGCUCAGCUCCGCCACGUCACCCAGACCGUGGCCGUCAGCGGCCGGCCCCGCACAGACUUUUACACGGGCGACGGCCCCAUCCCGCAGGAUGUCAUCCGGCGCGAGGCCGCCAAGACGCCCACGGGCGACUGCGCCUGGGUCUACUACGGCAUGUCCUACGGCCCGCCCAACAUCAGGCAGCACAAGCUCGCGCUCGUCGACGCCGAGUUCCGCCGCAUCCCGGGCUGCAGGCGCGUCGACCCGGCCGUCCUGCCCGAGGACGAGUACUUUUGGUCGCGCGACAGGGUCGCGGCGGGCGUGCCGGACCUGCACGAGCUGCGGUGGUGCAACUGGAUGCCCAACGGGUCGCACAUCGCCUUCUCACCCGUGAGUCCGAUCCGCGGCGCCGACGCAAUGCGCCUGUGGGAGCUGGCCAAGCGGCGGCACGACGAGUUCGGCAUCGACCUGUUCCCCGCGUUCUGCGUGGGACUGCGGGAGAUGCACCUGAUCAUCGAGAUCAUCUUUGACCGGGACGACCCUAAGCGGCGCAAGGCGGCGAUGGACUGCAUGCGGGCCAUGGUGGACGACGCUGCGGCAUUAGGCUAUGGCGAAUACAGGACGCAUCUCGUGCUGAUGGAUCAGGUUGCUAGCACGUACAACUGGAACGAUGGCGCGCUGAUGAAGUUUAACGAGAAGCUCAAGGACGCACUUGAUCCGAACGGGAUCCUGGCGCCGGGGAGGUGCGGGAUCUGGCCUAAGAGCUAUAGGAAUCGCGGGUGGGAGAUGUUGAAGGAGAGCGGAGAAAGAUCGGAGGGAACAGGGAUAGGUGAUGUGCGCGUCGAGUGA